GAAAGCACUUGCACGAGAGAUAGAGAAGAAGCAUGAAAGGGCCCACACGAUAUUCUUGGAGUCUACUGUCACCUCUGAUGCUUGCUGGAUCCUCGUUCUUCUGGACAGCGGCGAAAACGACGUCGAAGAGAAGUCUCUCGGUUUUUGCGGAGGCAGCACCUAGAAGCUCGCUUCCCCUUUCUGGUUGCUUCGCAAGUGGAAACGGAAGCGGGAAAACCCUGGCGUUUGCGGUGCCCCCCUUCCGUGCAGCCGAUCGGACGCAAGGUUGUGCGACGCAUCGUCUGUCCACCGCAACCCCGAUUGCUACCGAGUCCCACAGCAAAGGCAGCGACAAGAACGAGAACGAAGCCGACCCGGAAUACAGCCCCUGGAACGAUCCGAGAGUUGCCGAGCGAGCAAAGAAAGACAACAAUUCCCACCGUUCGCGACAACACGUCAAUCCUCUGGCAAGAAAAUUUCAGCAGCCCACGGUCUUAUCGGACAAUUGGCCGGUCGACGUGUUUGACGACCUUUCAAAACCAAUCUUCCUAGACAUUGGCUGCUCUCGCGGAGGAUUUCUGCUGGACUUAGCUUCGCAGCGACCCGGUGAUUACAACUAUCUAGGUCUCGAGAUCCGUCCAAUCAUCGUGCACCAUGCCCAGGAACGACUGCGAAAUCGCAAACUCGAGGGGGGCCUCGAUUUUGUAGGUUGCAACGCCAACGUGGAUCUGGAGCGACUACUAACAUUGCUAACAUCGACCUCCGAAAAUCAAGAGGCAACCCGGGGGAACGUAGAAAUGGUUACCAUUCAGUUCCCCGAUCCUCAUUUCAAGGCACGGCACGCCAAGCGGCGAGUUGUUACUCCCGAACUGGUACAGACACUGGCACGCUUUAUGCCGGAAGGAGCAACCGUUUUCUUGCAAUCGGACGUGCAAUUGGUUCUCGACGAAAUGAGGCUACAGUUUCGAGAGCAAGCCGAAUACUUUCAGGAUGCCCACGAGUCCGUGGAAGAGUACAUACCCGAAAACAUACUUGGGAUUCCCACCGAGCGAGAAAUCAGUGUCCUGGAACGCGACCUUCCGGUAUUUCGUGCAACCUUUACUAGGACCGGUGCGAAGGCAGUGUGAGCCGAAUAGUUCUGUUGUAUUGCACGGAACCAGCCGUAGUAAAUUAGAUAAAAUUGU